AUGUCCAGUGAGGUCACUGCUCCUCACCAGGUGGGAGAGAGCAAGGGAACAAGGCAAAGAUUUGGGCCUGAGGCCCGCCCCCCUGCACCCCCCGCACUUGGUGGGGCCGGGGCUCCUGCGGAGAAAAGCCGGGACCUGCUUGCAUCCCCCCGGGGCAUAUCCUGGGAUGGAGCGGUUCGGGAUGGAGCGGUCUGGGAUGGAGCGGGCCGGGAUGGAGCGGGUCGGGAUGGAGCGGGUCGGGAUGGAGCGGGCCGGGAUGGAGAGGUCCAGGAUGGAGAGGUCCGGGAUGGAGCGGUCCGGGAUGGAGAGGUCCAGGAUGGAGAGGUCCGGGAUGGAGCGGUUCGGGAUGGAGAGGUCCAGGAUGGAGAGGUUCGGGAUGGAGCGGUUCGGGAUGGUGCGGUCCGGUAUGGAGCGGUUCGGGAUGGAGAGCGGUUCGGGAUGGAGCGGUCCGGGAUGGAGCGGGUCCGGGAUGGAGAGGUCCGGGAUGGAGCGGGUCGGGAUGGAGCGGUCCGGGAUGGAGCGGGUCGGGAUGGAGCGGGUCGGGAUGGAGCGGGUCCGGGAUGGAGAGGUCCGGGAUGGAGAGGUCCGGGAUGGAGCGGGUCCGGGAUGGAGCGGGUCCGGGAUGGAGAGGUCCGGGAUGGAGAGGUCCGGGAUGGAGCGGGUCCGGGAUGGAGAGGUCCGGGAUGGAGAGGUCCGGGAUGGAGAGGUCCGGGAUGGAGCGGGUCGGGAUGGAGCGGGUCGGGAUGGAGCGGUUCGGGAUGGAGCGGUUCGGGAUGGAGCGGGUCCGGGAUGGAGCGGGUCGGGAUGGAGCGGUCCGGGAUGGAGCGGGUCCGGGAUGGAGCGGGUCGGGAUGGAGCGGGUCCGGGAUGGAGCGGGUCGGGAUGGAGCGGGUCCGGGAUGGAGAGGUCCGGGAUGGAGCGGGUCGGGAUGGAGCGGGUCGGGAUGGAGAGGUCCGGGAUGGAGAGGUCCGGGAUGGAGAGGUCCGGGAUGGAGCGGUCCGGGAUGGAGCGGGUCGGGAUGGAGCGGUUCGGGAUGGAGAGGUCCGGGAUGGAGCGGGUCGGGAUGGAGCGGCCCGGGAUGGAGCGGUCCGGGAUGGAGCGGGUCGGGAUGGAGCGGGCCGGGAUGGAGCGGGUCGGGAUGGAGCGGUCCGGGAUGGAGCGGGUCGGGAUGGAGCGGGUCGGGAUGGAGCGGGUUCGGGAUGGAGCGGUCCGGGAUGGAGCGGUUCGGGAUGGAGCGGGCCGGGAUGGAGCGGGUCCGGGAUGGAGCGGGUCGGGAUGGAGCGGGUCCGGGAUGGAGCGGGUCGGGAUGGAGAGGUCCGGGAUGGAGAGGUCCGGGAUGGAGCGGUCCGGGAUGGAGCGGGUCGGGAUGGAGCGGUUCGGGAUGGAGAGGUCCGGGAUGGAGCGGGUCGGGAUGGAGCGGCCCGGGAUGGAGCGGGUCCGGGAUGGAGCGGGCCGGGAUGGAGCGGGCCGGGAUGGAGAGGUCCGGGAUGGAGCGGGUCGGGAUGGAGCGGGUCGGGAUGGAGCGGGUCCGGGAUGGAGCGGUCCGGGAUGGAGAGGUCCGGGAUGGAGAGGUCCGGGAUGGAGCGGGUCGGGAUGGAGCGGGUCGGGAUGGAGCGGGUCCGGGAUGGAGAGGUCCGGGAUGGAGCGGCCCGGGAUGGAGCGGCCCGGGAUGGAGCGGGUCCGGGAUGGAGCGGGUCGGGAUGGAGCGGGUCGGGAUGGAGCGGGCCGGGAUGGAGAGGUCCGGGAUGGAGAGGUCCGGGAUGGAGCGGUCCGGGAUGGAGCGGGUCGGGAUGGAGCGGUUCGGGAUGGAGCGGGUCGGGAUGGAGCGGGUCGGGAUGGAGAGGUCCGGGAUGGAGAGGUCCGGGAUGGAGAGGUCCGGGAUGGAGCGGGUCGGGAUGGAGCGGUCCGGGAUGGAGCGGGUCGGGAUGGAGCGGGUCGGGAUGGAGCGGGUCGGGAUGGAGCGCCCGCGCCCGCCCGCGCGUCUCCCGCCCCGUGA